GGGUAUUUUGACAUCGCGUGCGUUGCUGUUGAAUGGACGUAUUGCGUAAAUUAGCCAAAGCUCUAGCCUCUAACCAAGAUAAAGUAAGGCGAAAGGCACAGAAGCAAGUAAAAGUACUCCUUUCAAAGAAAUCAUUCAAUGGAAAAGGUUAGAUCCACUAAUUUAUCAUUCUGUUGUCCAUUAAAGUCUUGCCAAAUGAUAUUUAUGAACUUUGUCCUGACAUUACAGAUGUGUCAAUAAAGACACUCGACAAACUUAUGCAUGUCACCGAGUCAGUCAUUUAAUUUGUCGAGUCCAUUUUGUUGAUUUAUCUGGUCCUUGUGGUCGAGCAACUAAUGAUUGGACUUACGAACAGUUGUUAGGCAUUUGCAAAGGUCUUCACUACAGUCUAUGGAUGCAGGACAAGUUGCUGCUGAAGGAACAAACGGUCGUACGGUUAUGUAACAUAUUACCCAGCAUUGAGGACAGCACGGUCACAUUGUAUUAUUCCUAUGCCAUGUUCGAAACACUAGCAAGAGAAUGGGAUAACUUAGAUUACUGGAGGGUAGACAAAUUUAUGCUGCUCGGACGAGAAUUUUUUACGAGAGGCCUUCAGUUUAUUUCUUGUAAAAAACCCGAAAUUUUACCUUCUUUUAUCGAGGCAAUUUUCACCAAGAUAUUAAACAACGAUAUAAACCAUGCUGUUGGUCUAAAAAUACAUUUCUGUACUCUGAUAGGUGAAGAACUUCCGAAAAAGAACGUGAAAAUGUUAUCUGUGCAGUUAGUCUUUCAAUAUCUUCUGGUUUUAUUAGCUUCCCUACCAAAGCACAACAUUUACGCUCACAGUGUCCUGUCUCUGAUUACUCGGUUAACAAAACUUAUUCGAAGACGUCCACAAUGUUGUUUGGAUGGUAUUAUGAAAUGUCUUGAGAAUAUUUUAAGCAAAGAUUCUUCCUACAGAAACGCGUUAAAACGAGUCGACACGAAUUUAAAAAGAACUCUGGCAAAUAGAGAAGCUACAUCAGUGGCGACCGAUGAACAGGUUCCCACGCUAUGUACAGAAUCGUCACCUGAGACGACAAAUAUCGUUCCAAAUACUUGUGACAAUCUAAGUAAUGAAGGCGGUUCAUCGGAGCUUAAGAUCGGAAAGAAAAAAAUUCCGAAGGUUUCCAAGAGGAAAAAACCGAUGGUUAAAAAACGUUUAUGUGCUGAAACCACUAAUCCCGUUAAUGCAGAGUUCAGCAAUCAAGCUGAUAGUUUUGUUGAAGAAUCAUGUCCGAAGAGAAUGAAGUCUGAGAUAUCCACAAAGUCUGUUGACGAAUGCACAGCAGUUCCAGAUUCUCCACGCCCUUUUUCAACAUGUGAUUAUGAAUCCAAACCAAACGUCGGUCAGUUUAUAUCUCCUAAUGUUUCAAUAAGUGGCACCCCUGCUUCUGAAGAAAAGUGUACUUCAAACACUCCUUCUUCUGAAAGACGCGUGUCUUUUGGUAAGGUAUUUCGUAAGAAAUUUAACUCAGCUCGUUGCAUCUCCCUAACCCCACCGGUUAGUGUUAUUCCAGCCAAGGGAAUUUUAAGAAGUAACAAACCUGUAGCUGAUGAAGCAAAAGCUAACGUUUCGUUCUAAUUCAAGUUGUGGCUUUGUACAUAUAAAUGAAAUAAAUACAAUAUUUAUGUAUGUCUCUUUAGAAAUUACAUGCUACGUGAAAGAGAACUUUUUACGCCAAUCCUAGCUCUCUAUGAAUACAUAUUAUCUGAUU